CAUGUCAAGUUUUCAUGUGCCAUUCAUAUACACUAUAAUACGAACAUGCGCAUUGCUACAACUUGAAGCUCAAAAUUUUCAUUUGUUUCAUUUCAGUGAUUAAAAAUGUUUUCCUCACAAACGACUGGAACAAACACUGGCUUUGGCAUCGCACCGACAUUCGGUGCAACAAGCACUGGAUUUGGAACAAUCCAACAGCCACAACAACAACCAACAGCAGCUGCUGUUACAGGUUUUGGAAUGUUUAAUUCGGCCAAUUCUUUUACGAAUAAUAAUAAUAAACGAACAUUCGGUGGUCCAAUACAGCCACAACAGCCAACAUUGACAUUAACAUUGAAUACUCCGGCAUCGACAUCCACAACUGUAGCAACGACAUCGACAACAACUUCGAUUGGAUUGGGUGGUGCACCACUUCCAUCAAGUAAUGGAAAAUACGUUGGUGAUAAUGUGGCCAAGAAUAAAUCAUAUCGUGACCAAUUGGUUCCACCAGAAAUCAUUCCACUUGUGGAGAAUAUGAAAAAAUUUCUAGAGAAACAGAAACAAAUCCACGAUGAAAAUGCACAUGGACAUUUCUAUAAAGAUUCAAUACUCGAGAUCGGUACGACCAUUGAAGAUGAACUUAAAGUUAAAAUGAACAAAAUCGAUAUCCAAUUACAAAAGAAUGCUAAAGCAAUCGAAUUUCUUAAAAAAGAUACGAAUAAUCUAUUAUCUAAUGGUGAAUUGGUAUAUCGUAUUUCAAGACUUGAUUUACCAUUAUCUAAUUCUGCCGAAGUUAUUGCACAAAAUAAUUUCAUCAACGCCAAGACACAUCAAUAUUUUAUGGAAGUUUUGGAUAAUUGUAAGAAACAAAUGGCCGAAUAUUCUGAACAAAUUCAAACAUUAAAAUCUCAUUGUGCAUUGACAAAUGAUCGACAACAAUAUACGGCCGAUGAAAUCAAUCAAAUUAUUCGAAAACAACAUGAAAAUUUUGUUGCAUUAGCAUCGAAAGUUUAUUUAAUACAUGAAUAUGCCAAUAAAUUACGUGUAAAAGCAGCGAAUGAUUCAAGCAAUGAUAUUGCAUUGAUUAAUCGUAAUAAUAUAGAAAUGUCAAAUCGUAAUCAACAACAACAACAACAACGUCUAACAUCAAGCGAUCCAUAUGGUCCGACACCAUUUUUGGCCAAAUCAAAUAAUAUUUUAAUCAAUAUGGCAGGUGUUCAUCAAACACCCGUUUCGUCAGCAAUGCCAACCAUUACCAAUUUCAGCCAACAACCACAACCAACAACAUCGUUUACUAGUUCAAUGUUCAAUUUUGGUGGCAACAGCAACAGCAACAACAACAACAAUCUAAUGACAUCAAAUGCCAAUACUUCAUUUUCAUUCGGUAAAAACAAAAAACUUUGAUCCAUUUUUGGUGUUCCAUUUUGAAUUGUUUCAACUUUCUUAUUAAAUUAUUAAUAUUGGAUGAUAA